UACGUCUUUAGGGACGGACGGUUAGUGGACCGUUGACAGUUGGGACGGACGGUUAGUAGACCGUUGACAGUUGGGACGGACGGUUAGUGGACCGUUCAGGCGGUUGACAGUAGACGUUUUGUUUGGAUGGCGUGGAGUCUAGUACUGACAGUGAACCGUUUAGACAGUUGACAGUAGACUUUGGACGGCGUGGAGACUGACGACUGACAGUGAACUUCUCGUUUGGAACAUUGUUUUGAAAAAAGGAAGUCACAUGGAGAUAAAUCAGACGAAUUUGGAGGAUGUUAGAGCAAGAUUUUUUUCGCCAAAAAUUCAUGAACAAGUUCUGUGACAUGGCAGCACGUUCGCCGGACACAAAGGAAUACGAAGCUACGAUAGCGGGCCCGGGGGUAGGGGGGUAGGGCAGCCCGGUAAAGGAUGCCCCAAAUGCAAGUGGGAGGAUGAUGACUACUGGGAGCAGCAGGAGGAGGAGAUGGAACCGAAAGAGAGGGACGAGGACGAGUGCGACGACGGGGAUGAUGGACAGUACAGGGAGCAUGGUUCUUGGGUCCAUAAACUAGGACAUGCUCCUGGAAGUUCUCCAGGUGGCAAUGUUGGAAACAACGCUGGAAAUGUUGGAGGUUCUUCAUUUGGACCCGUUAAACAGACAUAUGGAUCCGGUCCAGGGUCAUGGAAGGCAAACCAAGGUCAACCGGGACCAAGCUGGAACUCUGGAACGACUAAACCUAGCUGGAGCCAACCGAAACCUGGAUCUCAAAGUGGUCAGUGGAAUCCUACAGGGUCUAGAGAUCAACAGAGUGGAAGCUGGGACGAUAACGACACUGGUUGCGCGGGCAGUUCUCCUUGUGGCGGUUCCAGCGGUGCAGGUCCAUUGAAGCAGGCUCCAGUUCCGUUUGGAUCUGGAGGUGCUGCAAAUGUUCAGAAACAGGCGUCUCUUGAUUACUCGACAGGUUCUCAAGGACGAAGUGGACCAGGACAACAUGGUGGAUUCCAAGGUUCAUCUGGGUCUCCCUUUAGACCAGGACCACAUUUUGCUAGUGGAUUUCCUCAAGAUAUUUUUGGACUAUUUUAUGGAGGAACUGGAAGUCCAGGCGGAGGCCCAGGAGGUCCAGGAGCACCAGGAGGCCCAGGAGCACCAGGAGCACCAGGAGGUGCAGGAGGCCGAGGAGCACCAGGAGGUGCAGGAAGCCCAGGAGCACCAGGAGGUCCAGGAGGUCCAGGAGGUCCAGGAGUUCAAGGAAGAUCAGGAGGGGCAGGAGGUUCAGGGGGCUCAGGAGGUUCAGGAAGAUCAGGAGGCCCAGGAGGCCCAGGAGCACCAGGAGGCUCAGGAGGCUCAGGAACACCAGGAGGUGCAGGAGCACCAGGAGGUGCAGGAGCACCGGGAGGUCCAGGAGCACCAGGAGGCCCAGGAGCACCAGGAGGCUCAGGAGGCCCAGGGGAAGCAGGAGGUGCAGGAGGGCAUGGAGGUGCAGGAGGUGUAGGAGCACCAGGAGGCCCAGGAGGCCCAGGAGCACCAGGAGGUCCAGGAGUUAUAGGAAGACCAGGAGGGCAUGGAGGUGCAGGGGGCGAUGGAGGUGCAGGAACACCAGGAGGGCCAGGAGGUCCAGGGGGCGCAGGAGCUCCAGGAGCACCAGGAUAUCCAGGAGGUCGAGGAGGUUUAGGAGGCCGAGGAACACCAGGUGGCCCAGGAAGACCAAGAGGCCCUGAUGGACCAGAUGGCCCAGAUGGCCCAGGUAGUCCGGGAGGACCAAGAGGCCAUGAUUUACCAGGAUAUCCAGGAGCUUCAGGAAGGCCAGGGAGUCCAGGAGGACCAGGAGGCUAUGGUGGACCAGGAUAUCCAGGAGCUUCAGGAAGGCCAGGUGGUCCAGGAAGUCCAGGAGGACCAGGAGGUUAUGGUGGACCAGGAAGUCCAGGGUAUCCAGGAGCUUCAGGAGGACCAGGGAGUCCAGGAAAUCCAGGAUAUCCAGGAGCUUCAGGAAGACCAGGUAGUCCACACAGCGCCAACAGCAUCGCAACCGCUAACGCCGUCAGCACCGCUUUCGCCGGAGCAAGCCCUGCUAACCAACCCUACUCCGGAACCAAAGGCGCCCCUUCUGGAUCCUCUCCGAACGCGUUUGGGAACAAACCUAACUCCGGAAGUACAGGUCGUCCCACUUCUAAUAACGGAGACAGCAAUAUAUUUUACAUAGACGUUAAGCCUGCGCCGGGAAGUCCUGUUGGAAUCAAACGUCCUAAACAUAGGCCUUCUUUUGGAACGAAACCUGGAGAUUCUGGUGCGGGGCAACCUUUUAGGGCACCUGGAGGAAGUCCUGGGAGUCAACCUUCUCCUUCUGGAGGACCUGGAGGAAGCCCUGGAACUCAACCUUAUGGAGGAUCUGGACCAAGUAGUCCUUCAGCUUUUGGAGGAUCUGGAGCAACUAGGCCUUCACCGUUUGGAGGAUCUGGGGGAACUAGACCUGGGACUCAACCUUAUGGAGGUUCUUCGCCUCAUGGUGGUCCUGGGGCAACUAGUCCUGGGACUCAACCUUCACCUUAUGGAGGUCCUGAUGCAACUAAAUCUGGGACACAUCCUUCACCUUUUGGCGGUCCUGGAGCAACUAGACCUGGAUCUCAACCUUCACCUUUUGGAGGAUCUGGAGCAACUAAACCUGGGAGCCAACCUUAUGGAGGUCCUGGAGCAACUAAACCUGGGAACCAACCUUAUGGAGGUCCUGGAGCAACUAGUCCUGGAUCACAACCUUCACCCUUUGGAGGUCCUGGAGCAACUAGUCUUGGGAGUCAACCUUCACCUUUUGGUGGACCAGGAGCAACUAGACCUGGAACUCAACCUUCACCCUUUGGAGGUCCUGGAGCAACCAGACCUGGAACUCAGCCUUCACCCUUUGGAGGUGCCAGUACAAAGCCCUUCGGUGGAUCCGGACCUUUCGGUCCAACCAAAUCUCCAUUUUCUCAGGGAGGACCUACCGGUUCUCCUGGAGCGGGUCACCCGGUAAAUCAAGCUCCAUUGGGUUCACAGCCCAUAGGACCAGGUGGAGUACCUGGAGCAGGCGGUGCAGGUUGCAGUGGAGGUAGUCAAGGUUGCAGCGGAGGAUGCAGUGGAGGUAGUCAAGGUUGCAGCGGAGGAUGCACUGGCGGUAGUCAAGGUUGUGGAGGUGGAUGCAGUAGCGGAUCCCCAGGUGGUAAACCUUGUGACCAAGGUGCAGUCAAUGUCAACAAAAUAGUUGGUCCAGUGGGAGGUGUCCCUUCUCCCAAUGAUUACUCGCAAACUUCACAACCAGCGUUUCCUGGUCAAACAUCUACCGGUGCUGGAAGCGCAUAUGGCUGCCAGCAGGGAAAUUGUGCACCUGGUGCUGGAGGACCGCCGUAUAUUAACAAGAUUGAAAAUGAUAAUAAUGGGGGAUAUGCAGGAAAUCCUUUUCUGAAUGGGAAGGUUCCUAAUGUAGUUCCAAGCCCUAAUGUAGGUGGUUCAUCCUCAUCAACCAACAAACCCAUCGGUGCCGGAAACCCAUUCCUAUCAGGCUCAGGACUCGGCAGUACCGGAGCUGGUUCCUGGAGCCAAGAAACAGUUCCCAUAUCAGGUCCCGAUUCUUCAAGUCCCUCAAAACCCGUCGGUAAAGACAAUCCCUUCUUCACAGACGUAGAACCCACGCGAGGAGACAUUGGAAGCUCAUCAGGUCCAGGAUCGUAUCACAUUCCUGGAUCCAGUGGAGGAGCGGGUGGAGGUGCUAGAGGUCCUACAGGGAUAAAUCGAGGUGUGGGAAGCGGAGGAGGCGUUGGACUCUCGGGAGACCUUGCAAGCUUGCCUGGGCAUUCGGGAGCUAAUGGAGGAUUCGGUGGUGCAUUUAGCGGUGCUGUGGCUUCUAGCUUUGCUGGAGCUAGUGCUGGAGCUGGAGCUAAUGCUGGAGCUGGAGCAGGAGCUGGUGCUGUACCCAAUCUAGCACAAGCAAAUAGUGGAAGCUGGGCUUCCAGUGGUGCCGGAAGCCAAGCAGGAAACGGUGGCUGGGCCUCCAGCGGUGCAUCCGCAUACGCCAGCAGCAGCGCCAACAGCUGGGCAGGACCCGUUGGAGUGAAAGGAUAAUACCCUUUUAUACGACCUUCAAACGUGUGGUUAACCGUAAUUUAUUUAACGAUCGUUUAUAAUCUGCAAGAGGAAUGUAUUGAGAAUCCUGUUUGAUUAAUGGAAAAUUAAUUCUUGGAAUCGAUUGUAUCAUUGGAUGCUUGAUAAGAUGAUAUAACGGAUCGAUAACGGAUGUUACUACACAGAAAUAAAUACCAAUGUGUUCCAAAUACAAAGUAAUA